AUGGCGGAUUUGAUCCCGCGCCUGCAGGGCUAUCUUACCGCUGCAGGUCGCGAUUCAGCCCUCGCCCAGCGGCUGAGCAAUAUGACAACUAUGCUUUCAGGUAUACGCAUCCGUGAUGGAAUGGUUGCCACUAGGCACUUUGUGUGCAACCUAGACGCCGUGUCGCUCAUACUUCUCACCGUCACCCUCGUCGCUUUUCUCGUCCCCGUCUUGAUCCUCUUCCCUCCCGUUCCCGUGGAUUGCAGCGAUGUCCUCCGUCAGACCCACUCGCGGGCCGGCGUGGCCCUCCGAGACAUGGACAUCGGCCCUGGCAGAUCGCCCGAUCGCCGGCUCCCCGGGGCAGAAUCGGAAGGGAACCGGGCUGCUGCACACAGUCCGCGUAUUUUCCCUGUUCAGUCAUGUCGUGGAAUUGAGCUAGAGCGUGACGGUGCCUCAUUCAAGCACUCAGAGUUUGAUCGUUUGUAUACGCUUGCUCAACGGGACUCUGAAGAUGUUUGGCAAGCCAUCUCACGCGAACACUUCCCUUUGCUGGCCAACAUCGAAGUCGACCUCUGGAUUCCAGAUCCAAACAAGACUAGUCGUCUGUUGGGCCAUAUCGAAGGUUCCUUUCUUGUCUUGAGAUUCCCCUGGUCAGAUUCAGGACUACAGGGUAUUCUGCAACAAGUAGCAGCCAAAAUUAGCCACGGCUUGAAAGCCAGACCUGAAAAGGAAUUCUUGUUGCCAGUGUCAUUCCCGAACGAGGAAGAAAUUCGAGGAAGAGGUUAUUCCUUUGCCGAAGUCACUAUCGGCGGAAAAAAUACUAUGGGACUGAACAUGGAUGUUGAACUUCCUGCCGAGCUGGCUCGGUAUCUUGGUUCUGAGCAACAAAUUGGGAUCUUCAGGGUAGACCAAAUGUAA